GCGCGUGAGGGGGUGCGUUUGUGAAGGAGAAGGUGCUGCGUUUCCCACACGCCCUCACUGGGAGACCCUGAGAGCGUGGGGCGGGGAGUUGUGAGUCCCCCACACACUCCCGACGGAGCCUUUUGCCCUGCAAGCUACCCUGUGUAGUCUCCACACAGAUACGAUUUCCCCUUUCUUCCAUAUUAGCAGGUAUUUGAGUACCGUCCGUUCCCCCUUCAGGCCUUGCAAACCUAUGAACCAUGGGGCAAAGAAUUUUGCACUAACCGAAGAUGGAAUAGCUUCUUUUCAUUUCUUGUUCCAGGAGAAGUCAUUUGUUUUCCUACUGCUUGGUGUCUGUAUUUAUGAGACACAGUCACUUGCCAAGAAUGCAAAAAUGCAGCUGAUGCCUUACUGGAACCUCUGUACUUCUGGGGAGUAGCAACCUGACCUUGCUUCACUUCAAGCUAUUUGUCAUUUAUUUUUCCUUUUAAGGUUGAUUUGAUUUUCAAAAUUCAGUAGAUAUUUGUCUUAAAGGCACGACUAAACAAAGGAAAUGGAGGAAAAGGAGCGAUGUGAUGAAUUCUGACAUUGUACUAUUAAAAGCCAUGUAAAAUAUUUUUGAAGAGGGACCAAGGGAAAGGGAGAAACAUACUAAAAACACUUUAUUUGCCAGCUAAAGGAGGUGGGAGGGUGGGUGGAAGAUGGUUCGAAUCUUCAGUUUGCUUUUUGCAGCCAUCCAAUCAAUUCUUAAAAGAAGACAGUAGACUUGCCACCUGUGUGACCUGGUAUUGCCUGUAAAGGAAGUGGCCAUUUGAAUUUUUUUCUUCAUAAACUUUUAUCAUUGCUUAUCUUCACAUCCUACACUACGAGAAGAAAAUGAGUUGUGUGCCAUGGAAAGGUGACAAAACCAAAACGGAAUUGCCAGAAACCCCACAACUGAUGCCAGUCCACAUUUAUCAUGAAAAGCAACGCAAGGAGCUGUGUGCCCUCCAUGCCCUCAAUAAUGUCUUCCAGGAUGGCAAUGCCUUCACGCGAGAUACUUUGCAGGAGAUUUUCCAGAGGUUGUCUCCCAACACCAUGGUGACCCCACACAAGAAGAGCAUGCUAGGAAAUGGAAACUAUGAUGUGAAUGUCAUCAUGGCAGCUCUUCAGACCAAAGGUUAUGAAGCAGUUUGGUGGGAUAAGCGCAGGGAUGUUAAUGUGAUUGCCCUGCCUAAUGUGAUGGGGUUCAUUAUGAAUCUUCCCUCAAGUCUCUGUUGGGGCCCACUGAAACUUCCUCUAAAACGGCAGCAUUGGAUCUGUGUCCGGGAAGUGGGAGGUACCUACUAUAACCUUGAUUCCAAACUCAAGGUGCCUGAAUGGAUUGGAGGUGAAAAUGAGCUCAGGAAGUUUUUGCGACACCAGUUGCGAGGAAAGAACUGUGAACUUUUAUUGGUGGUGCCUGAAGAGGUGGAAGCACAUCAGAGUUGGAGAGCUGAUGCAUGAUCUGCAAAUACCCUAUCCUCACACUACAAUACUGGUCCCUGUCUCCCACCAACUUCCAGUGUCCUGUGAUGUGGAUAAUAAGCACUCUAAACUCCUCCUCCCAGGAACUCCAGAGAGUACUUCUCCCAUUAUGAAGGUGCAGUAAGGCAGCCACAAGGUAUCGUCAGGUUUGGCAUAAAUGAGGGGAGAAGCUGAAAGGUGAAAGAGACUGGUCUGUGCUCUUAAUUAUAAGGCAUUGUGCGAUUCAGAAAUGGGGUGUUGGAAUCCUCCCCUUUGAUUUCCAUUUGUCCUUUCUUCCCCAGUCGUUAAAGAUUUUAUAGUGGGUUGUACACUACUGUCUCCAGGAGUCCUAAAAGUUAAUUUGGCUGGAUGGUGUCUUCAGGUCAGGGCUGGGGCCAACCCAUUUCUCUGUAUUAACCAAACUAUGUUGAAGAAAUGUGCAAAUCACAUGGGUCUCUCAGGAAACUCUGGAUACUCUUAGCAAUGGCAUGGUGUUUGUGGAUUCCCUUUUUGUAACAGUAAUUGUGCCAAGAAUGAGGGGAUAUGUAGACAAAAUGGGACCAUGAUUAUGGAACUCCCUACAGGAGCUUGGGGUUUUCCUUUCUCAUACUCUUUGCUAUCAAUAUGCCCUUUAUUGAUGUGAGGAUGAAGGACUGAAUAGAUUGGGGAAAAGAGAUAAUAGAAGCUUAUAUAAAAGCCUCAACUGUUUUUGUUAGGUGGGCUAGAUGUAGCCUUUGUAUAUUUUUCUUGUCUGUCUGUCCUGUAAUUCAGGGAAAAAACUCACUGAGCAGGGAAUAAAACUAUAGGCUGUUUGAGAGUGGAAUCAUGAAAUAAAAGGAAGCUGAAGCCAUGUUUCAGUAAGGUAGGAAGCUGGUAGGAAGGUAGGUGUUAAUUUUAAAGAUGGGUUAUAGAGAACAAGAUCCAAGGGCUAGAUCUCUAUGGCUUCUGUAGCAACUGUGAGUAACUGGAGUAGAGUGUUUAAGCAAGUCUGGUGGUAUGUGUGUGUGGGGGGGGCUCUGCAGUAGGUGAGCUGAGCCACAUUCUUCCAUUGUGAUUGGCAGGUAAACAGUCCUUCCCUCACCUAAUUAGUGAAAGAACUGAAGAUUAGCAGGAAGCCAAAUUUGUUUUCCUUGUCACCUCAUCCAGCUGUGGUAUAUCAUUUCUUCUUUUCACAGUUGCUAGAGGAAAUGCAGGGGUUUAACUGGCCUUUCAAACCAUUGACUUCCUUUUGAGCCCAGGUUAUCCUACUGUUACAUUUUUUGUAAUUGCUUUUUGCCAGCUUAAUUUACAUUAGUAUUGGAACAGCAGAACUACCACUCUUUCUGCACUUCAUUAUAGAGGGACAAUUUAUGUGAUUAGUUACAUAAGGGGGAGGGGGCUGAAAGUGACUUCAUUUGCAGGGAUGUCUCUAGUCUACCCCUUCUGCAUACGAGCACGAUAGACCCCUUCUAAGCCAGCAUUCCAAGAACCCAAACUCUUUCACAGUUAAAUGCAGUGUGAGCAACAUUAAGAUCCAUCUUAUUUAUCAACUUCUCGACAAUCUGAAGGCAUUGUA